AAAUUAAUUUAAAUUCGUUUUUAGGUUACCUGCAGAGCGGUCCACUCUAAUUGGAGUUUGCAUGAAGGAGACUGUGCAUUAUCGAGUGACGCCAUCUGGUCGUGCUGGUGGUGCAUGGAUCAGCAUAAUUUCGAAUGGAAAUCAAAACAGGAAGGAUCCCCUGGUGGCGUUUCAUUUUCCCAAAGUCUGGAUCCCUAUACAGUCGUCCCUGCGUCACAUCAACUGCACACGACCACCGAGUUGUUGGGUACAUCCGCACUUACGGGCUACAGUACAACAAAGCCCCCCGUAGGCCUUUUUUGGGGCUUUUGUUGUUGUUUGAGGCGCCGGCAUCUAUUGCGCAAGUCUCACGUCGAAGGCGGGCCAGCACUCCAGCAGAGCCAACAAAAAGAGAAAAGAAAAAGUGUGACGGUGACAUGCCGUGCGAUCAGAAUGUUGUAAACAUUCGGGUUCAGGAUGACCACCUGACGCGUUCUCUCUUCUUUCUUCUCUCCAGUAGUUGCCAUUGCACCAAUCCUUCAAACAAAAGGAAAUAUCCAACUGGGACAAAGGCCAUUUGAUAGCCUUGGGACUACAACAAAUCAUCCGACUCGUGUGUGUGUUGUACGAAACGUUUUGCUGCAAUCCAUUGAUCGUUUGGAAACUUUGAAGCAGUGAACAAUGACGUCGCUCAAGUGGAAAAUCGACUCGCCGUUUGCGGCUUUGCUGCUCCGACUGACUUUUCUGCUUGUGCCACUCUUCCAGAACGACGGCCGUGGAGUGGGAGCCAAUCCGGACGCCAAGCGCCUCUACGACGACUUACUGAGUCAUUACAACCGAUUGAUUCGACCCGUGAGCAACAACUCGCAAGUCGUCACCGUCGGUCUCGGUCUCCACCUCACCCAACUCAUCGAUUUGGAUUUAAAGAACCAGAUCCUCACCACCAACGUCUGGGUCGAGCAUGAAUGGAAAGACUCCAAGUUGACUUGGGACCCCGAAGAGUACGGUGGAGUCCGUGAACUAAUGGUUCCAUCGGAGCACAUCUGGUUGCCGGAUCUGGUCCUCUACAACAACGCCGACGGUGAGUACGCGGUAACGACGAUGACGAAAGCCAUUCUGCACAGCGACGGCCACGUCAAAUGGAAUCCGCCAGCAAUUUUCAAAUCCUAUUGUGAGAUUGACGUCCGCUACUUCCCGUUCGAUACUCAGACAUGCUUCAUGAAAUUCGGCUCCUGGUCGUACAGCGGUCUCCAAAUGAAUCUUAGGCAUCUGCAUUCACCCGACGAGGAUCUCGUGGAAAUCGGCAUGAAUUUAAAGGAUUACUACCCCAGCGGCGAGUGGGACAUUCUGAACGUUCCAGCCGAGCGUCACGCCAAGAAAUACGACUGCUGUCCGGAAUUCUUUGUCGACAUCUACUUCAACAUCACUCUGCGGAGGAAGACGCUGUUCUACACGGUGAAUUUGAUUAUCCCGUGCGUGGGCAUCUCGUGCCUGUCGGUGUUGACUUUCUAUCUGCCGGCCGACUCUGGGGAGAAAGUGGCUCUUUGCAUUACCACUUUGCUGUCGCAGACCAUGUUCUUCCUGCUCAUGUCGGAAAUCAUCCCGUCAACCUCGCUGGCCAUGCCCCUCCUGGGCAAAUACCUGCUCUUCACCAUGUGUCUGGUGGGACUGUCUGUCCUCAUCACCAUCGUCAUCCUCAACGUCCGCUACCGUAAACCUUCCACCCACAAAAUCUCGCCGUGGGUCAGGCGCUUCUUCAUCCAGCAGCUGCCCAAAAUGCUCCUCAUGCGCAUACCCAAGGACUCGUCGACUUCGCUGCCCAACACUCCGUCCAUCGAGGCAACAUCGGGAGGAAUUUCAUCAAGUCUCAUGUUACAGCAGGACAACAAUGCGGCCGCCGCUCCCCGCCUAGCCUCGUCGUCGUCAUCUGCACAGCAUCCAGCUCGAAUGACGUCAUCGCCUUCUAUUCGCCGCUGGUCCCGCACGGCGUCGCCGUUUCACUUUGGCUCCCAGUUGCUUUGUGAAAUCAUCAACUACAAUUCCGUUCAGCAGCAACAGCAGCAGCAGCAGCAGGAGAAUUAUUACCAGCAACAAUAUCCGCAUCCGCUUUGCGCAUCGCGACUUCCUCCGCCGCCACAGACGCCGUCGUCUCCCAUUUCAAUGAUAACGACCCUGCCGUUAUAUCCGCCUCCUCCGCCACCCCUUUCAUUCUUGCCGACUCAACACCCACCACCACCUCCACCACCACCACCCGGCCUCGCCUCUUCUUCUUCUCAACUGACAUAUCCCCGGCGUUCCAGCACUCCCAGCGACGACGACGACAGCAGCCUGCGAUCCUGUUGCGAUGGAGGAGCUCCCGCCGGUGCCAUGGCAACGGACGCCUCAAUGAUGGGCCGUGAUUGCGCCAUGAUGAUGACUUGCAGCCCCAACGAUGAUGAUGAUGACGGCAGCUUACUGAUGAGAAGACGACGUCGUCACAGCAGCAGCGGCCUCCACCACCAGCGUCGCCGUCGCGUUCCCAAACGCUUUCCGCUGGAAUUGCAAAAGGCCAUCCGAGAUGUCCAGUUUAUCCAGAACCACAUGAAACGUGCCGACGAAUACGAUGAAGAGGAUAACGAUUGGGGUUUCAUCGCCAUGGUAUUGGAUCGCUUUUUCUUGUGGGUCUUCACGGCCGCCUCCCUCUGCGGAACCAUAUCCAUCCUGUUCACGGCGCCGGCUCUCUACGACGACUCGAGUCCCAUCAAUCUCAAAUACCUCGACCGAUUGGGAUUCUACUGACCGUGUCGGCUUGUCAACCUUAACACAAUCAUUUGACGUAACUAACCACAAAAGCCCGGGGCAGGAGCAGGGGCCCCGAUAUUAUUUUCCUUUGCAACCGGCCCCACGUACAUCAAUUUCAUCUCUCGUAUAUUAAUGUUGACACGAGUCAUUAGUGUGUCGUAGAACAAGAAGACGUGGGUUAUAUAUAAAGCGAAAGCCUGCACGAUAUUUGUCGUAAUCAUAUCUCUAUACUACUAGACUUCCUCUUGUGUAUUAUAUGCUAGGAGAUUUUGGACGUAUAAAUAGCCCCCCCCCCCCCUUCCUACACACACAAAUACAAUGGCAGCUGAAGAAAGAAAAAGAAAACCUUUUAGACGGUAUCCUGGGAGAUUGAGUGGGGGGGAUUUUCCCAUCUCUUUUUUUCUUUUUAUGUUGUUUCUAUACAUCAUCCGACUUCCAUCCCAUAAGCGGAAUAUCCACGGCUGCACACACAUUUCCUAUUCUCUUUUCCUCGGCUGAUAUAUCUAUAUACUCUAAGAAGCUUAUCGUAAUCAUGUUUUAUAUUGACGAGCAUUCAAUCUAGUCCGCAUGAUGGAUUCGCUCUCGUCUGUUCCGUCAUUUCAUUCAUCUGUUUUUUUUUUUUGGUUUUUCAUCCAUCGCAUAAUUUCAUUACGUGUAAUAUGUAAACGUUUCAAGCUGGAAGAUUUGUCUGUGUCGAAACAACGAAAAAAUAAAUUUGUUGUAUGUCAAAGCA